UACGUGUCUCCUGGUUCGUUGCAUCGCCGGGUCCCGCCAAACCACUUCUGUCAGACGAAGGCAGACCUAAGAUGCUGGCCCAGCGAAGAAGUUCUCUUCCCAGGACUUUCUUUUCCAGGUCCUCCUAAUGGACGCUGGCUUGUCGACAAUGCAGCACGUCUUCCUCCGUCAGUCAGAAGGUGGGUAUGAGGGUCCCGGGUUUCGGCACCAAAAUGUUAGGGUGGUGCUCACUCUAACUUAUUUUGCAAGAACCACUUGGAGACAAGUUAGUCGUUUUGGGCACCUGCAGGCGGAGAGUCCAUUCGUCACUGUGCGUACAGCAAUGAUCGAAUGACGUCUGACUCUCGCUUCCCACAAGACCAUCUUUAUUAGGAGAAAAAGGGUGGGGGUGACAGUGGACUGAAUAGACAAGUAAAAAAGGCCCUUGACCUCUAGAUUAUCAGGGCAGGGGAUGUUUUACGACAUUGUGUAGGAUGGAACAAGCUAGGUUAUUUAUUACUGGUUACACACCAACAUAAGCAUAAAACUGAUCUACCAAGGUUAUUCAUUACUGGUUACAUACAUUCCAACAUAAUCAUAUGAUCAAGAUAGUUUUGGAAAACCCUGACACUCAGCAACGUGACGGUGGCACAUGCCGGCGUGUACGAGUGCGAGGCCUGGAACGCGGGCGGCACAGUGCGGGUCACCUUCCAGCUCGCCAUCAACUCUUCGUCCUCGUCUAUCUGGGCCGGCUGGGCGCAGGCGGCGCCCCUCGACACGCCGGUGUGGCCGCGCCUGCGGAGUGGCGGCGGUGAGGUGAGCCAGGAGCCUCUCUACGCUCUGGGCAGCAUGGCCUUUGGCGCACUGGCCGCUGCCACGCAGAUGGCCAUCGCCGCCGGCAUCUCGCUGCUGGUGCUCACCGCGCUGCUGCUGGUCGCCAUGAUCUACAGCCGACGACUGCGAGAACACAAGGACCAGCACGCUGCGAACAAGGAGGAGAGCAUCCUUUACCUGAACGACUACUCGGACGGGCCGACCACGUUCGCCCAGCUGGAAGAGUUCCGGGACGAGCGUGGCCACGAGAUGUUCAUCCUGAACCGUGCCAAACCCGUGUUGCCACCGGCCCUGCCCGCUGCCCCCCCUGACGCCGGCGGCCCCUUUGGCUCCUUGGCAACCGGCCCACCUCCCAGCCCCUCGCUCCCCACCGCUGAGGCGGACAGCGACAUUCAGACCGCGCGAAGAAUUGCUGGCGAGGGUGGCGAGGCGGAGCCGGUCAUGACGCCAGAGGGCGAGGGGGUCUUUGUCAACCACGCCGGCUUGUUUGUGGACUCUCUGACGGCCUACGAGAUCAACUGCUGAAUACAGGCCGACACUGUGACCCGAUGGCUGUGCUUUUAUCAAAACUCCUUGGACAAACACUGAGCAGCUUUCUGGACUUUUGUGUACUGGCGCAUUUGCUUCUCCUUCGUACUCGUCUUCUUUGGAAAGUGAGCAAGAGAAAAUAGAAUUUUGCAGACAAACCGGGCUUGUCCUUUGAAAAUAGCAGCGAAAGAUGGAGGGUCACCUGACAUCGUUUGGUGAU